UCCAAAAUCUCACUUUACUCUCUUUCUCUCUCGCUCCGUUUUUCUGUAUCGGAACGGAAAGGAAAAGAAAGUAAGAGAAGAAAAAAAAAAAAAAGAAGGAAAAAAAAACCCUAACGUUUUGUUUGUUGCUUGAGAAAACCAGCAUUUAGGUUUGAACCGUGUUGAAUACGCUUCGAUUGGAGGGUUUCUAGGGUUUCGAUGGAGUGAGAGCGUGCAAGAUCUGCAAGGAGAGAGAGACUCGAAACACGUCAACAAUGGCUUCGACGGAUAAGGAGCUGGAAGAGCAGCUUCUAGAAGCUGGAAACAAGCUCGUAGAUCCUCCUUCCUCCGUCGACGAACUACUUCCUCUUCUAGAUCAAGUUGAGAGUUGCCUUUCAAAGGUUGAACAGUCACCUACUGAAUCCAUGCAAAAUGCACUCUCUCCGUCAUUGAAAGCAUUAAUUGCUGAUAAACUUUUGAGGCAUUCGGAUGUUGAUGUCAAAAUUGCAGUUGCCUCUUGCAUCAGUGAGAUAACAAGAAUCACUGCACCUGAUGCUCCUUAUGACGAUGACCAAAUGAAGGAGGUCUUUGGAUUAAUUGUAUCUUCAUUUGAAAAUCUUUAUGAUAAGUCAAGCCGAUCAUAUGCAAAGAGGACUAUGAUUCUUGAGACAGUUGCUAAAGUCAGGUCAUGUGUGGUAAUGCUUGAUCUUGAAUGUGAUGCCCUGAUUUUGGAGAUGUUUCAGCAUUUCUUGAAGACGAUAAGGGAGCAUCAUCCAGAGAAUGUUUUUUCAUCCAUGGAAACUGUAAUGACCCUUGUUCUAGAGGAAAGUGAAGAUAUAUCACUGGACUUGCUCUCUCCAAUCUUAGCCAGUUUAAAGAAAGACAAUGAGGAAGUUCCACCAAUUGCUCGAAAUUUGGGGGAGAGAGUUCUUGAAAGUUGUGCAACCAGGCUUAAACCCUAUAUAGUGCAAGCAGUGAAAACCUUAGGCAUUUCUUUGGAUGAUUAUAGUGAUGUGCUUGCUUCGAUAUGUCAAGAUACAUCUGGUAGCGUGGAGCAAAAUGAUGUAUGUGCUACUAAUGAGCACGUGGAAGACGAGAGCAAAUCAGAAAAAGAGCCACUGGAGGAGUCAGCUCAGGUGGUUAGAGAGAAUGCAAAAGAAACCACACAACCUCAAGAAGAUAAUCCUGUUGGUGACAGAUCUCCUAAGUCAGUCAUGAGCAAUGGCGUUGCACAGGCUGGAGAAGAUGAUGCUUUGGUAGAUUCGAAUUCCCAAAAGAAGCAAGACGAUACUGAUCAUUCCAUUCUGUCCAAAGGUAUUAAUUUAUCAGUUAAUGAGGAGCCCAAUGAUUUGGACACUGAAAAAGUUGGCAAUAGUGAACCAAAGCCUGAACAAGCCACCAAAAGGAAAGGAAGAAAACCUAGCUCUUUAAAAUUGGCAAAAUUUUCGGAGUCAUAUCUUGCUAAAGAGAAGGAUGCUGAGAAAAUGAUUGACUCCAAAAGCCAUAGCAAGGAUGUUCCCAGUUCUCCUCACGAGGACAAUUGUGCUGAGGCUGCAGGUCCUUCAGAGAAUGACAAUGAGGUUGAUACUAAGAUUUCAUCACCAAAAGCAGGUGAUGGUGAAUCUGAUGUUGUUGCUUCUCCUUCACCAAAUGAGGGUAUCCAUAAUGAAAAACGUUCAAAGAAACGUGGACGAACAAAAAAGAAAGAUAGCUCUGCGAAAGAAGUGGCUGCUGAGGAUGUUUUGAAAAAGUUGUCUGAAGGAACUAGUGAUUCAGAAGCAAAACCUAUUAGUUCGUCCAUGAAAAAGGGACUUGGUCGUAGUUCUGAUGUGAAAAAGACUGUGGUAGAUGUAGUUAAAAUGGGAAGCAGCUCUACAAGUGAUCCAGAUGCAGAGAAGCACACAGCUAAGAAAACAGAAGAAAGAAACAAGGGUGGUGGUGGAUCCUUUUCGAGGCAGUCGGAGGACAAGAAAAGGAAAGGGAGGGGGAAAGCUAACUCUGAAAAGGGUGUAGCAAAAUCUUCUGCUAAAGAUGAUGAUAAGGAAAUGAUGUCUUCGCCGAAGUCAGCUAUGAAAUCAACUAAAGAUGAACCUUCUGAGGAGACUCCUAAGACAAAUUUGAAGAGAAAACGCACAGGAAAAGAAAAUGAGUCUAAUACCAAAAAAUAUGGUCAAAAUCUUGUUGGUUCACGGGUUGAAGUUUGGUGGCCAGAUGAUCAAAUGUUUUAUGAAGGCACUGUUGAUUCUUUUGAUCCUGCCAUGAAGAAGCACAAGGUCUUGUACGAUGACGGUGACGAGGAAAUAUUAAAUCUUAAAAAGGAAAAAUGGAAAAUCAUUGAAGCUGGUGCUGAUUCAGAUGGGGAAGAAGGAAGUGAUCGCAGAAGUCCUGAUGCUUCCUCUGAUAAACCCCUAAAAAAGAAAGGGAAAACAAGCGCUGGUGAAUCAAAAAAGGAAGGAAAGAGGGAUUCUUCUUCUAAAAGUAUUGGAGGAGCCACACCUAGUAAAUCAAAGGGGGCACCCAUGAAGUCUAGUCAUAAGUCCAAAGAUGGCAGCAAAUCUGUUCGCAAAUCAAAAGAUUCCAAGACUGUUGGCAAAUCUGAGGAUGAAGUUAGCAGAAAAUCUAAGGAUCAUUCUCUCAAAAGUGGGGGCGGUAAAUCUAUUGAUGCUGCACAAAAAAGUAAAUCCAAGAACACUGAUAAUUCCAAGAUAAGCAAAUCAAAAGAUGAUGUUGGCACACCAAAAUCCUCUGUUAAGUCUAAGAAAGAAACUUCGAAGACUGAAAAGUCCAAGCAAGAAAAAUCUAAAGCUGCUUCUGCCUCCAAGGCAAAAUCCACUAAAAGCGGUGGGAAGUCUAAUGCGAAUGGCACUGGUAAGGUGAAAUCUCAUUUGUUGAAGAGAAAAGAUUCAGAGAAUGAGAACUCAGAGGAUUCAACAGAAGAGGUAGAAAACACGAAGGGUAAGACAUCAAGUUCAUUAAAGGCUGGAAGUGAGGUCAAGAGUGGAAAGAAACGUAGUCAUUUGUUUAAGACAAACGAUUCAGAGGAUGAGAACACAGAGGAUUCAACAGAAGAUGUAGAAGACACGAAGGGUAAGACAUCAAUUUCACUGAAGACUGGAAGUGAGGCCAAGAGUGGAAAGAAACGUGGUCAUUUUUUGAAGACAAGAGAUUCAGAGAAUGAGAACUCCGAGGAUUCAACAGAAGAUGUAGAAGACAUGAAGGGUAAGACAUCAAGUUCAUUGAAGGCUGGAAGUGAGGCCAAGAGUGGAAAGAAACGUGGUCAUUUUUUGAAGACAAAAGAUUCAGAGAAUGAGAACUCAGAGGAUUCAACAAAAGAGGUAGAAGACACGAAGGGUAAGACAUCAAGUUCAUGGAAGGCUGGAAGUGAUGCCAAGAGUGGAAAGAAACGUCCAAGGAACUAGUAGUUUUCCACUCUUACUGUUUAUUCCUUAGCUGCUUGCUCAUCUUCUGCUUAUCAGCAUUUUGGAUAUUCCUUUCUCCGGUCUGGGCCCUCUAUUUUAACGUGUGAUAAUCCCCUAAUUAUUGGUAGCAUUUAUUUGUAGUUAGUCUAGUUUAGCUUUAGUAAGGGUAGUAAGGGUCGUUCUUUCCCCGCCCCAAUUUCUAGGUGGAUUUUAUGUUCAGGUGACUGAAGAAAAACUUUUGGUUAGCAACCUUGAUUAAAGAAUGUUUUGGCACUCCCUGAUAAUGCAGGUUAACAUAACUUCCUAACCAUUCGACUUUAUCGAAAGUGCGCGCUGCACAGUAUACUACUUGGGGCACUAGCUGCGUGGGUGG